AUGACGGUGAAAAAGUUGCGCCCCUCCGCGCUGCUACCAAAGCUUACAGUGAACAAGAAGUAUAUUAAGAAGGUAAAAUUCAUUGCCAAGAAGAAGGAGGCGGCAGCAGCAGCAGAAAGGGGACUUAGUAGUCUGAGUAGGAAGCAGGGAAAGAAGAAGAAGAAGGUAAAGCGGGCUGGCAAAGGAACAAAGAAGAAGGAUGUCAAGUCCAGUGCGAAGAAAUCAUCUCUGACGACGGUGAAGGAGAAAAAGAAAAAGGGUCUUGUCACCAGUGCGGCAAAGAAAGUAACAAAGAAGAAAAAGAGAGUAAUCAGCGAAAAGGAGGCCCCAUCUGGUGAUGAACCACAACAACAACAAUUACAAGAAGAGAAAAAGAAAAAUAUUUCACAGGAGGAAAUAGACAAGACAUUAAUUCAGCGGGCCAUUCGCGGUGAAGAGGAACACUUUAAUGGCUCCACCUCCUCCUCUGCUGCUGCUGCUGCUGCUGGAUUGGAGUUUGGUGAGUUGCUCCAACACCCAUACCUCCCAUUCCUUGAGGACUACGCCGAGCAGAAACGCAGUGAAUUGGUCUCCGCAGACACUCUUCUACAGGGGGCUCAUGAGUACUUCAAAGAUCUCGGGAAAAAGGAAUCCGCCAUGCGUCGAGCAGCGGCAAAGCGUUUGCGUGAGUUAAAAGAAAUUAACCGUCGAGGUGGUGAUAAGGAUGGUUUCCGCUACGUUGUGCCACGAAAUGUGAAGGAGGUGGUGCGGCAAAUGUCGCAACAGCAGGCGGUGGAUGUGGAUACGUCCAACUUGACCUCAACAUUCCGCGAAGAGCAGACAAAUGAGGCGGAUGAACGGCCAAUGCACCGCCGUAGACGUAAGAAUAGUUGUUACUCUGAUUUUUAUCAGUUUCAGGUAAGUAAGCGCUGGACACGCAAUGCAGAGAACUUCCUAAAUAAAGGACGUGCCCAUAAGUCGAUGUUUGGGGCAGCACGACAGCAGCGCUCGCUCAAAAAGUUCUAA